AUGGCGCCCUCCCUCGACGCCCCCGAAAACGUCCAAGAUGUCCUCAAGAACCCUCUCAAAGCCGCCCCCAAACUCGUGGCCCCCGAACCAGAGCACUGCCCAGGGCCCGAGUCUGAUGCAGCAGGGAAAGCUGACUCCUGCGCCGGCUGCCCGAAUCAAGCAAUAUGCGCAUCUGCACCAAAAGGGCCAGAUCCCGACAUACCCGUCAUUACAGCGCGACUAUCUGGAAUCAAGCACAAAGUGCUGAUCUUGUCAGGGAAGGGCGGAGUAGGAAAGAGCACCUUCACAAGUCUACUCGCACACGCGUUUGCUACGAAUCCGGAUAAUACGGUGGGAAUCAUGGAUACGGACAUCUGCGGCCCGAGUAUACCCAAGAUGAUGGGUGUGGAGGACGAGACAAUUCAUGUCAGUGGGGGAGGCUGGAGCCCGGUGUGGGUGCUUGAGAAUCUGGGGGUUAUGAGUGUGCAAUUUAUGUUGCCGAAUAAGGACGAUGCGGUUAUCUGGAGGGGUCCGAAGAAGAAUGGGUUGAUAAAGCAGUUCCUGAAGGAUGUGGAGUGGGGUGAUAUGGAUUUCUUGCUGGUCGACACGCCGCCGGGAACGAGCGACGAGCAUUUGAGUGUAAACUCUUUCUUGAAGGAGAGCGGGGUUGAUGGGGCGGUCAUGGUCACGACGCCACAGGAGGUUGCACUGCUUGACGUGCGGAAGGAAAUAGAUUUCUGUCGGAAGGCUGGUAUCAAGGUCUUGGGCAUUGUGGAGAAUAUGUCGGGGUUCGUCUGCCCCAAGUGCACCCACCAGAGCGAGAUUUUCCAGGCAACGACCGGCGGAGCGGGUGCCUUGGCUAAGGAGAUGAAUAUCCCAUUCCUCGGAGCUGUACCCCUCGACCCGCGAAUCGGAAUGGCUUGCGAUUAUGGAGAGAGCUUUUUUGACUCCUGGCCUGACAGCCCAGCUUGCACAGCAUUAAAAGCCGUGGUGCGGAGGGUUGGCGAAGAAAUGGGGCUGAGAGCCGAUGACAUUUUACCAGAGGGAUAG